AUUAAAUCCAACCUGCCUCCAUCCAGACACAGCGCGCAGCCAAUCAACCUGAUCUGAAGAUCGAAAAUAGGAGGGCUUACAGUAAUCAGCCCUCAGAGUCUCAUGACAAGGAACAGUGUGGCAGCGUUGCGGGAGCGCUCGGCACACACAGCAGGACGCUCACUGGCGCUGCGCUCUCAGCUAAUAACCAACCAGAGAGCACUAAGAGAGACAGAAGGGGGGACGGGGACGGUAGGAGCAUCCCGUGACGGACGCGUUUUUUAGCUGAUUUCGGACGUUCUGGAGUGUAAGAACAUCGCAAGAACGAGAGAGACCGUGCAGGGAAAUUAAGCCGGUUUUUGGAGGGAUUUGACCAGAGUGCCCUUGUAUCUUCGUCUCCUCCGGAUGAUCAGAAAUGGGGGAAUGGACUAUACUAGAGAGGCUCCUGGAGGCUGCUGUCCAGCAGCACUCUACUAUGAUAGGAAGGAUCCUACUAACAGUGGUGGUCAUCUUCCGGAUUCUAAUCGUAGCAAUAGUUGGAGAGACUGUCUAUGAUGACGAGCAGACCAUGUUUGUUUGUAACACCUUACAGCCGGGCUGCAACCAGGCAUGCUACGACAAGGCAUUUCCCAUUUCACACAUUCGAUAUUGGGUUUUUCAAAUCAUCAUGGUGUGCACACCGAGUCUUUGUUUUAUCACAUACUCAGUGCAUCAGUCGGCCAAGCAAAAGGAGCGGCGGUUCUCCACGGUUUACCUGACGCUGGAUAAGGAUCAAGAUUCUCUGAAGCGAGAUGAAAGCAAAAAGAUAAAAAACACCAUUGUGAAUGGUGUACUCCAGAACACUGAGAACUCCACCAAAGAAGCCGAGCCGGACUGCUUGGAGGUGAAGGAGAUCCCCAAUUCGGCAAUGAGAACUACAAAAUCCAAAAUGAGGCGACAGGAGGGCAUCUCCAGGUUUUACAUCAUCCAGGUGGUUUUCAGAAACGCCCUGGAGAUAGGCUUCCUGGUUGGCCAGUACUUCUUGUACGGGUUCAACGUCCCUUCCGUGUACGAAUGUGACCGCUACCCCUGCAUCAAAGACGUAGAGUGCUACGUGUCCAGACCCACAGAGAAGACCGUGUUUUUGGUCUUCAUGUUCGCGGUCAGCGGGUUCUGCGUGGUGCUGAACCUGGCCGAACUCAAUCACCUGGGCUGGAGGAAAAUCAAGACGGCCGUGCGGGGCGUGCAAGCCCGGCGGAAGUCCAUUUAUGAGAUCAGAAACAAGGACCUGCCGAGGAUGAGCGUGCCCAACUUUGGCCGCACGCAGUCCAGUGACUCUGCAUAUGUGUAAAAAAAUCAACUCCAUAACGGACAUUGUGGACAGCUCCGCACGCCUAAAACUUGUGUCAUGACAUAAAAGAGUGGGCAUAUUUAUUUAUUUACAAUUUAUUUUCCAUUUGAUUUGAUGGUAUUCUAUGGACUUGAAGGCAAGCGUGGAUCACGCGUUUGCUUACUUUUACUUAUUCAUUAUUGCACUGAUGCAACUUUUUAAGUAACGUUUCUACUCUGGCGAGACCAUGUUGAAGUGUUCGCAGAUCUUUCUUGGGCUGCACUUGAAAAGAGCAAAUGCAAAAGAAGAAGAAGAAAACUUGCACUAAAGAGGUGAACACAUGAGAGCUUGAUCGUAUCCAAAUGUGCUGAAAUUUUCUUUCUACCCAUAUUUCUGUUACAUGGCACCACUAAAAGGGAACAUAUAGCAUAUUCCUACCAGGUUUAUAUAUACCCAUAAUACACACACACAUACACACACACACACACACACACACACAUAUAUAUAUAUAUAUAUAUAUAUAUAUAUGUAUGUAUAAAUCCUUAGUGGUUAGCUAAAAUACAUCAGCUUGGUUAAUUAUUUUGUCUUGUUUGUUUUUGUUGCCUGUGUUGCACCACUGACCUUAACAUAUGUAACCAUUCCAUUGCUUUAUAGCUAUAACUUGCAAAAUAGUAUCUGGUGAAUUUGCUGCAAAACGCUAACGUCUGUGACUUCCUUAAUUUAAGACACACCAAAGCGCCCACUGCUUUUAUUUGUGAGUGUUUAUUUUCUUGCUAUUUGUGUAAUCAAGUGCCAUACUUGUACAUAGACAUUAUAUAAAUUAUAAAUAUAUGUAUACAUAUUAAUAUAUAUAUAUAUAUAAAUAUAUGAUGGGAAUAAUAAUCAUGAAAGCUGAUUCCUUGCUUGGAUUAUGCUGAAUAUUGGCCAUUUUCUUUUUGCUCCAAAUGUAUAUGUUGUGGUUUGAUUGAAGAAAAUAAGAUAUUCAGAUUUUUUCUGUUUUAUUUUUGGAAAUGACUGGGAAAAAAAUGAAGUGUACAUUUUUUUUAAUACUGACAAGACUCCCUCUAAUCACAGCUGAUCAAAACUGAAAAGAAAAGCACAAAUUGAUUUUUUUCUUAUCAAAGAAUGGGCAAUUGAAAUCUGCUCUGGUGCUACUGUUUUUCAUAGAAUGGUCUUAAAUGUAACCUUCAGAACCAGAAAGAAAAAAUAAACACAUCUUUUUUUCUGUGGAAAAUAAAAGUGGGAUUCAUGUACACCAGAAA